AUGAUUCCCUAUCUUUUUUUCGUAAUAGCAGUUAUAGGAUUACCUAUUAUCAUAACACGAAUAUUAUGUAACUUUAUCCGCAAGAAACUUUUUGCUCUUCCAAACGAUUUCAAACAACAGGCUGGUCAUAUACAAACAUUCAGCAACGUACCGAGUGGAUUGAAACAAGGUUCAAUCAGACGCUCUCUGAUUUUAUCUUCACUGAAUCCUAAUAAAUUCAACAACUUCCGCAACCAAAAAUUAUCAUCUAUUAUUACACAAUCUGAUAAAGAAGAACUCUCAAAAGGAAAGAAAAGAAGAUAUAUAUAUGGGUUCUUCCAUCCAUAUUGUAAUGCCGGCGGGGGUGGGGAGAAGGUUUUGUGGAAAGCUGUAGAAGCAACUUUAACUGAUGACUCAACAAAUAUUGUAUUAAUUUAUACUGGAGACAUUGACACCGACGGAGCCACCAUUCUUAGAAACGUCCAAGAGAAAUUUGAUUAUACAUUGGACUCCAAUCGUAUCGUAUUUAUAUAUUUAAAAUAUCGAACCUUAGUGGAUGACAAAACCUGGCCAAGAUUUACAUUAUUAGGUCAGGGUUUUGGUUCUAUUAUCCUCUCUAUUGAGGCGCUCUUUACUUGCCCGCCAGACGUAUGGUGUGAUACCAUGGGGUAUCCUUUUGGAUAUCCAUUUGUUUCUUUUUUACUUGGAAUUCCUAUAGUGACAUACACGCAUUAUCCAAUAAUUUCCACUGACAUGCUGAAGAAAUUAAGAAAACAACCUCGAACUAUGAAAAACUUACUGAAAUAUUAUUACUGGAGAAUCUUCAUGUUGUCUUACCAGGCCAUUGGUAAAUAUGUUACUGUGAUCGUUACUAAUUCGACAUGGACGAACAAUCACAUAAAGCAAAUUUGGUCUGAUUUCCCUACAACGAUAAUUUAUCCUCCAUGUUCGACAGAGAAAUUAGUUAGUUAUAUUGAAACAUCUAGAAAAAACCAAUGCGUAGUUUUGGCACAGUUUAGACCAGAAAAGAGGCAUAAAUUAAUUAUCAGAUCCUAUCAUAGUUUUAUGAAUAAACAUCCUGAUUGCAAACCAUUAAACCUGGUUUUCCUCGGGUCAACAAGAUCAGUAAUCGAUAAAGCAUAUGUCAAAGAAUUGACUAAUCUUUGUUUCGAAGAACUCAAGAUCCCGAAACACUUAAUCGAGUUCAAGACCGAUUGCCCAUACGAAGAAAUUAAAGCCAUUCUUAACGAAUCAACUUUUGGUAUCAAUGCAAUGUGGAACGAACACUUCGGCAUAGCAGUUGUUGAGUACCUGGCGUCCGGUUUGAUCCCUUUAGUUCAUGCUUCUGCGGGCCCGUUAUUAGAUAUUGUCGUCCCUUGGGAUAUAGUUGGAAAAAAAAGGUGA